UUGUGUGGCCGGUGGCUGCCGAGAGAGACCCUAGCGAGCCGCGGCGCCCUGGGAUCGGGGACCUGUGCGGCUCGGGAACGCGCCCUGUCGCUAUUGUGUCGGCGGCCGCACGGGCUCGCGCCGUCCGGACGGCGAUUCCCCUCCUCUUCCUCCGGGAGGGAAGGCUCCGACAGUGCCGAGCUGGGCUGGCUGGAGGAGGUGUCCGCCGAGGCGGAGGGAGGAGCGUUCCUCCCCGGCGGCUCUGCUUCUCCUCCGGCGGUGGUUGCGGCUGCCGUUGGGUUCAGAGCAGCAGCGGGACGCGGGUUUCUGGCCAUGGAGAGGAGAUCUGCUCGCGGGGACGCCAGGAGCUCCGCUCCCGCUCCUCGGGCCACCGCGUAGACACCUGAGUGUCUACCGACGCCAGGAGGGGGAGGGGAAGGACAGAAACUUAAGGUUAGAAGUGAAUUCUGAGCCAUCACCUGCCCUGUGUCAGCCUGUGGAUGAGAGUAAGCUGAGAAGUGUGACGGGGUAUCAUGUAUGCUGCUGGUUCCAGGGGACACUCCCCUGCUUUCCUGCAACCUCAGAACGGAAACGGCCAUCGCUCGCCUGGUUACGUUCCUGGGAAGGUGGUUCCCUUACGUCCUGCUCCUCCGCCAAAGAACCACACCUCAGCCAAACUGACCUCCAGGAGCCAGGAAGCCCCAGCAACUUUUGCUUUCUCCUCGGAGGAGCAGCGAACGCCGAGGGAGAACCGAAAGCAGAAGACACACAAGAACACCUUCAUCUGCUUUGCCAUAACCAGCUUUUCCUUUUUUGUGGCACUUGCAGUCAUUUUGGGAAUAUCCUCAAAAUAUGCUCCAGAUGAGAAUUGUCCAGAUCAAAACCCUCGUCUCAGGAACUGGGAUCCAGGACAAGAUUCUUCAAAGCACGUUAUUAUCAAGGACGGAGAUAUGUUCCGCCUGACCUCAGAUGCUACAGUGAACUCUAUAGUCAUUCAGGAUGGAGGACUGCUUGUGUUUGGGGAUGACAAAGAUGGAUCCAGAAACAUAACCUUGAGGACUCGAUACAUCCUGAUCCAGGAUGGUGGGGCGCUUCAUAUUGGAGCAGAAAAAUGCCGCUAUAGAUCCAAAGCGACAAUUACCUUGUAUGGCAAGUCAGAUGAGGGUGAAAGUAUGCCAACAUUUGGCAAAAAGUUUAUUGGCGUGGAGGCUGGUGGGACGCUGGAGUUACACGGGGCAUGGAGGACAUCAUGGACGAUGCUGGCGAGGACUCUGCAUUCCUCAGGCUUGCUUUUUGGCUCCUAUGUCUUUGAAAAGGACUUUUCCCGGGGCCUUAAUGUGAGGGUCAUUGACCAAGACACAGCCAGAGUUUUGGAAUAUGAGAAGUUUGAUACCCAUGAGUACCACAAUGAGAGCAGGAGACUUCAGGAAUUUUUGAGAGCUCAGGAUCCCGGGCGGAUUGUUGCUAUUGCUGUUGGAGAUUCAGCAGUGAAGAGCCUGUUACAGGGAACGAUCCAGAUGAUCCAGGACCGGUUGGGAAGUAAGCUGAUUCAAGGGCUGGGCUACAGGCAAGCUUGGGCUUUAGUUGGUGUCAUCGAUGGUGGAAGUUCUUCCUGCAAUGAGUCUGUGAAAAACUAUGAGAACCAUAGUACUGGCGGGAAGGCCCUGGCUCAAGGAGAAUUUUAUACCUUGGAUGGUCAGAAGUUCUCUGUGACAGCCUAUAGUGAAUGGAUUGAAGGAAUCUCCCUUUCAGGUUUUCGGGUGGAGAUUGCAGAUGGUGUGAAGCUUCACCUGUUAGAUGACGUCAGCAGUUGGGAAGCUGGAGACCAAAUUGUGGUUGCAAGCACAGACUACUCCAUGUACCAAGCAGAGGAGUUUACCCUUCUCCCCUGCCCUGAGUGCAGCCGUUUUCAGGUCAAAGUUAAAGAGACCCCCCAGUUCCUGCAUGUCGGUGAGAUCAUAGAUGGGAUAGACAUGAGAGCUGAGAUUGGAAUUCUCACCCGGAACAUUGUAAUACAAGGAGAAAUGGAGGAUUCAUGCUAUGCUGAAAAUCAAUGCCAGUUCUUCGAUUAUGACACUUUCGGGGGACAUGUCAUGAUAGAGAAGAACUUUACUUCAGUCCAUCUUUCCUAUGUGGAACUGAAGCACAUGGGCCAGCAGCAGCUGGGACGCUAUCCUGUGCAUUUUCACUUGUGUGGAGACGUGGACUCUAAAGGAGGAUACAGACAGCCGGCGUCUGUGGAUGGCCUUUCUAUCCAUCACAGCUUCUCACGGUGCAUCACCGUGCAUGGGACCAAUGGCUUGCUAAUCAAAGACACCAUUGGGUUCGACACACUAGGGCAUUGCUUCUUUCUGGAAGACGGUAUUGAACAGAGAAAUGUCUUGUUCCAUAACCUGGGGCUUCUGACCAAGCCAGGCACUCUGCUCCCCACGGACAGGAACAGCUCCAUGUGCACCAUGAUGCGUGAUGGGGUGUUUGGAAACUACGUCCCUGUGCCCACUGCAGACUGUAUGGCCGUUUCCACUUUCUGGAUUGCCCACCCCAACAACCAUCUGAUCAACAAUGCAGCUGCAGGCUCACAGGAUGCUGGAAUAUGGUAUUUAUUCCACAAGGAACCAACUGGGGAAUCCAGUGGGUUGCAACUCCUGGAGAAACCAGAACUCACUCCACUGGGAAUAUUUUAUAACAACAGGGUUCAUUCCAAUUUUAAGGCUGGUUUAUUUGUUGAUAAAGGCGUCAAAACAACCAACUCCAGUGCCUCCGACCCAAGGGAGUACCUCUGCUUGGAUAACAGUGCAAGGUUUCGGCCUCAUCAGGAUGCAGACCCUGAAAAGCCACGCGUCGCUGCUGUUAUCGAUAGGCUCAUUGCUUUUAAAAACAAUGAUAAUGGUGCCUGGGUCAGAGGAGGAGACAUUGUUGUUCAGAAUUCAGCAUUUGCAGAUAAUGGAAAGGGAUUGACUUUUGCCAGUGAUGGGAGCUUCCCAAGUGAUGAAGGUUCCAGCCAGGAGGUGUCGGAGUCCCUCUUUGUCGGGGAGAGUAGGAAUUACGGCUUUCAGGGUGGCCAAAACAAGUACAUGGGUACAGGGGGAAUAGACCAGAAACCUCGGACGCUACCCAGGAACAGGACAUUUCCAAUUCGAGGCUUUCAAAUUUAUGAUGGACCUAUUCAUCUCACAAAGAGCACUUUCAAAAAGUAUGUGCCAACUCCAGACAGGUACAGCAGUGCAAUUGGCUUCCUCAUGAAGAAUUCUUGGCAGACAACACCCAGGAAUAACGUUUCCCUUGUGAAGUUCGGUCCACAGGUCUCUCUAAACGUCUUCUUUGGAAAGCCUGGCCCCUGGUUUGAGGACUGUGAGCUGGAUGGUGACAAGAACUCCAUUUUCCAUGAUGUCGAUGGCUCUGUGACAGGAUACAAGGAUGCCUAUGUGGGGAGGAUGGACAACUACCUGAUCCGCCAUCCAAGCUGUGUCAACGUCACUAAGUGGAAUGCAGUGGUCUGCAGUGGGACCUAUGCCCAGGUGUAUGUUCAGACAUGGAACACUCCGAAUCUUAGCAUGAUCAUCACACGAGAUGAAUACCCAUCCCACCCAAUGGUGCUUCGGGGUAUCAACCAGAGGGCCAUCUCUCCACAGUACCAGCCUGUCGUCAUGCUGGAGAAGGGCUACACCAUCCACUGGAAUGGCCCAGCGCCACGUACCACUUUCCUAUACCUCGUGAACUUCAACAAGGAUGACUGGAUCCGAGUUGGCCUCUGUUACCCAUCCAACACAAGCUUUCAGGUUACCUUUGGCUUUCUGCAACGACAGAACGGCUCAUUAUCCAGAAUUGAAGAGUAUGAGCCUGCACAGUCGAUGGAUGAGCUGCAGAGGAAGCCAUCGGAGAGAAAAUUCUAUUUUGACUCUGGCACAGGGUUAUUGUUCCUUUAUCUCAGAGCCCAUAGCCACAGAGAUGGUCACAGUUACUGUUCCUCUCAGGGAUGUGAAAGAGUCAAGAUUCAGGCAGCAACAGACUCCAAAGACAUCAGUAACUGCAUGGCCAAAGCGUACCCACAGUAUUACAAGAAGCCCUCGGCAGUCAAGCGCAUGCCAGCCAUGCUCACGGGCCGCUGCCAAGGGUGUGGCACCCAGCAGAUGGUGUUUAGCAGUGACCCUCACAAGAGCUACCUCCCUGUAAGAUUCCAGUCACCUGGUAAAGCAGAAACUCAGCGUGGAGAGCCAUCUCUUAUUUCCGUCAAUGGUACUGACUUUACCUUCCGGAGCGCUGGAGUCCUCCUCCUUGUUUUGGAUGCUUGCAGCGUUCCCUUCCGGUUGAUGGAAAAGCAGAUGUUCCUUUCUGCAGACAUCAGUCACAUGGAAGAGUAUUUAAAGACUAGCAUCCCUCCAAGGUCAAUCGUUCUGUUGAGUACAAGAGGAGAAAUAAAGCAAAUGAACAUCUCGGAUUCAUUAGUUCUUCUGGGACUGGCCAAACCAGCAUACCUUUAUAGCAAAGGAAGUAUUGUAUUUUUGGGAUUCAGCGGAAACUUUAAACCCUCAUGGACUAAGCUGUUCACCAGUCCUGCUGAGCAGGGCCUCGGGGUGCUCGAGCAGUACCUCCCUUUGCAGAUGGAGGACUAUGGGUGCUCCAAGGCCAGCAGUGUCCACAGAAGAGACCUGGAACUGUUACAGCAGGCUUCGAAAGUGCUUUAGAGACAUGACUGUAAUUUAAGUGCUGGGAAAGGAAAAAAAAAUGUGAACUAACUUAUUUAAUUUAUGGCAUUUUAAGAUGACACUGUUAACCCGAUGGAACCAUUUUCCUGUUUCAUACAAAAGGGAGAGAAAGAACUCAACUCAGUUGUUUGAGUGCCAGCUCGUGCACCUUGGCAUUGCACAGAGGGUAAAAAGCCCUUUGUCUUCGUGAGGCUGCUUUGUUGGUUCUCGUGCCCCUUGCAUUGAUAAGCCCGUUGGCGGUGCUUUGCUUUCUGUAUAGUGGGAUGCAGGGAGGCCUUCAAGAGCUCCUCAGGCUCCUGAGAGGACUGGCUGCUGCAGCAUUUCGGAUACUUGAAGUCUAAUGCUCAGUUAUGCAGCCAGCUCCAGUGGCUGACCUGUUCAGUGAUACCUGGGGCUCACUUCCGGACAGCCUCUGAGGGUUUUAUGUGAUGCCAGAUAGGGUUUUAAGUGGUGACUCAGGCCCAGCACAUGCCCUUUUUUGCCUGGACAUGUGCUCUUUUUAUUCACUUGUAUAUUGAUUACUUUUGAGGGUUCACCUUUCAAAGAGGGAACCAAAUUGGGACAAAGGGCUUUUGAAAUCUUUUUGAUCUGUGACUAUUGAGAAAAACAAAACAAACAAACAAACAAACAAACAAACAAAAAUAGUUACUUUCACCAGGUUUGAAGUUGGUGGGUCCCUUUGAAGCUUUAAUCCUUAUCCUGUCUUGACUGAAUAUUUGUAUUUAAAAGGCAGAGCUGAAGUGAAUUACUUUUCUUGGAAAGAAAGAAGCCACUUCCCUAGAUGUAAACUCUUGUCAUUUUAACUUACAAAAGGGAGCCAGGUGUGGUGGUGCAUGCCUUUGAUCCCAGCACUCCAGAAGCUUAUGGGUCUCUGUGAGUUUGAGGCCAGCCUGAUCUACAAAGUGAGUUCUAGGCCAGCCACAGCUAUGUAGAGAAACCAUGUCUCAAAAACAAACAAACAAAACAAAACAAAACAAAAACCACCCCACCGAAACAUAUCAACUUGCAAAAGGAAACUUGUCCUUGGCUUUGACCCUGUACCUGUGUUUUGUGUUUGUUUUGGUAUGUGUAUUUUUUUUUUAAACUUCUCUGCUCAUUUUCCUACCAGAGAAUCCUAGAGAGCUUACUGCUUGCUACUCCAUAAAUCCAAGGGGAGGAAAGAGACACCUUUAUAGGCUAGAAUCAUGGAGGCAACAGACAUGAACUUCUUUGUAGCCUUUACAAGAAGGAGUCUUUGUUAGUGAAUGUAGUUGUCAAAGAUAAGAAGAAAGGACGCCGUGAUGCCCAGUGCUCCUUCUAUUGUGCUUUUCUCCAGCCAGUGGGGACACAUGGCAAAGGAGGCUGGCUCUGCAGACAGGAGGGAAGAUGCAUCCGAGCGUUGCUGUAUGGCAGAAGGUGGGUGGCUGGAAAGCCAGGCAUGUCCAGUCCGACAUCAGCAGUAAACACAGACGAGGUCAUCUUCCCCUGUGGAGGGCCAGGCUGAUGCCUGUACUUUGUGUCCAGGAGACAUUCUAGAACAGUUCUGUGACCCGUGUCACAGAACAUGCUACCUCAGAGUGCUGUGACAAACCAUGCUGACUGUGAGUGCUCCCAGGUCGGGCAUGUGUCUUAAUCGAAGUUUGGUUAUUUGUUUAUGGGGGGUUUUUUUGGAUGUGGGUUUUUUGUUUUUUUCUUUCUUACCUAUUAAAUAUAUUUAGUGGGUCAUGGUUCCUGAAGGUGAUUUGAAUUGGCUGUGUGUAGGGAUGUGUGUGUGUGUGUGUGUAUGUAUUAUGAGUUAAAUGUAUUUGAUGUGUGCUUUCUUGAGUUCUGGGGGUUUUGUGUUGUUGUUUUAUUUUUAAUAUUUGGAGAGGUAUGCAGUGUCAAAGGCACUCAGUUUUUCUGAUUAUGUACUAAUAAUUAGGGCCUAAAUUAAACAAAUAAAAGUAUGUGUGCAUGUA